UCUGUUGUCUGUGAAUGCACACAAAUUGGACGAUAAUUGGGCUGAGGCCAUAUCAGCAUCAUGGCUCCACAGGACACCACCUAUCUGUGUCUCGCCGUCUUCCUGGGACAGACAAUUUGGGCACAAAAAGAAUUUCCCAUUCCUACCAUAUCUGCUGCCUCAAGUCCUGUGGUUCCCUGGAAUGGGUCUGUGAGGAUCCUCUGCCAGGGAAUUCCUGAAGCCUUCCUGUACCAGUUGUCUCUGAUGAAAAACUCCACACACACAGUUAUAGAGAAGAAACUUGGAUUUCAGAAAGAGGCCGAAUUCAUCAUCAACCACAUGAAUACAACCAUGGCAGGAUGUUAUCAGUGUCAGUACAGGAAUAAGGACCACUGGUCAGAGCAUAGCAAACCCCUGGAGCUGGUGGUGACAGGCUUAUACAAUGAACCCGUCCUCUCCACAGAUCAAAGUCCUGUGCUGAUAGCAGGAGAAAGCAUUUCCUUCCAGUGUAGUUCAGCACAUGACCUGUUUAACAGAUUUUCAUUGGCCAAGGAGGGAGAUGCUUCUUUGCCACAGCAUCAACAUGAAGGGUACCAAGGCAAAUUCACUCUUGGUCCUGUGAACCCUAACUUCGCAGGGAACUACAGGUGCUACGGCUGGCACAACAGCAGUCCCUAUGUAUGGUCAUCCCCUAGCAAUGCCCUGGAGCUCAUUGUCACAGACUCCAAGAAGCAAGGUUACAUGGUGGAGAAUUCAAUCCGGAUGAGUAUGGCAGGGCUGGUGCUUGUGGUCCUUUUGGUGAUACUAGCUGAAGACUGGAACAGCCACAGGAUAUCACACAAGGAAGACUGUCAGGAAUUGACUGCACCAAAAUGGAGCAGACAUCCCAUGAUGAGUGGUGCUGGGACUCACCCACCACAUCCUGUGCAUCUCCCUCAGCCACUGGACUCAGUCCACACACAGGUCAGCAUUGGUCUUGCCAGUGGUAUGCUGUCGAUACUCACUGCCAUGCUCGGCCUGGGGCUAUGUCUGAGCCAGAGGAUCAACACAGAGAAACAGAGUCUCCAGAAACCCAUCAUCUGGGCCGAACCCAGUACCAGGGUCACAAAAGGAAAUGCUGUGACCAUCUGGUGCAAGGGACCUCAGACUGCUACCCACUAUCAACUGUACUUUGAAGGAAACUUCUUAGCCUUGGGAAGACCUAAGCCAAGUAGAUCAAUGACUAUAGUUAAUUUCACCAUUCCACAAAUGACCUCACAUACCGCAGGGAAAUACACCUGCUGUUAUCAGAGUGGGGAGCGUCAAUCAAAGAGCAGCAAAGGCCUGAAUCUAAUAGUUACCGGUCUGUAUGACACGCCCAACCUCUGGGUUCUUCCAGGACCUGAAGUAACCUUGGGAGAGAAUGUGACCUUCUUCUGUCAUCUGGAGACUGGGACAAGCAAAUUCUUUCUGCUCAAGGAGGGAAGAUCCAACCAUGUCCAGCACAGACUUGGGAACAUAAAAGCAGAGUUCCCCAUGGGCCCUAUGACCAGAGCCCACAGAGGGACAUACAGAUGUUUUGGCUCUUACAAUGACCAUGUGUGGUCUUUUCCCAGUAAACCUGUGACACUACUCAUCCCAGGAGAUGUUGAGAACACCAGCCUUGCACCCACAGACCCUACUUCUCUUGAUUAUUGGGAGUACAACCUUUCAGCCGAAGAAGAAUCAGAAUUACAGAAGGACUUUGCCUUCUGGGAUCACACAGCCCAAAAUCUCAUUCGAAUUGGUGUGGCAUGCAUAGUCCUGAUGGCUCUGGUAUGGCUUUUGGUUGAAGACUGCCUCAGCAGGAAGAGGGAUAAAGAGGGGACCAACAGAUCACCAAGUUGGGAAUACAAGAGAAGAUGGAGAGUCCACCGUUCCCUUGAAGAGGAACAAAGGAACGCAAUUUCUAUGCGGGAACUGAAGGCAACUCCUGGACCUGGGGACAUAUGAGCUCUAUGCUGCCCCCUGGAGGAAGAAAGGCAUCAUUGCAGGAAUGAAAGGGUAGUGUCACCCAGUCUGGCAAAACAUCCUAAAAGGGCAUGGUGAGACGAAAUGUCUAAGUUUCUACUAUAGACAAAUUCUCUGUCUCUGUUAAACUUUAAGUUUAAUGUUUGCUUACUGCAAGCUAUACUUUUAAACACUCUGGUCUUUCCUAGGGGGAAAAAAAAAAACAUGUUGGCCAUGGGAAUAUUUCCUUACUACUUUUGUCUUUAGCAUUUUUCUAAUUUCAUUUAUUUUAUGUGUACGGAUAUUUUUGUGCAUGUAUGUUUGUGAACCAUGUAUGUGGCUAGUGUCAGAUCCCCAGGGACUCGAGUUACAGAUGUCUGUGAGCUGCCAUGUGGAUGCCGGGAAUGGAACACAAGUCCUCUAGAAGAGCAACAAGUGUUCUGAACAACCAAGCUGUUGUAGCGUAUUUGUUUACACUGUGUAAAGAUGCUUCGCUGUAAUUGGUUUUAGAGCUCAAUAGCCAAUAGCUAGGCAGGAGAGAAUAGGUGGGACUUCUGGACAAACGGAAAAGUCUGAGAUGAAUCUCUGUGCAUAAGAAACACCAGGAAGACAUGGAACAAAUCAGACAUAAAGAAUGGAAGAGAGGUAAAAGCCACCUGGCAAAGCAUAGAUUAGUAAAAGCAUGAUAA